AUGGAUUUGAAAUCAUGUCUCCAAGUGAUGUUCAUACUUGUCGCCGCCAUAGCACCUCACGCCAUCGUGGCGCGCCAUCUUCACACCCACAAGUUGCCUUCGUCUAUAUUUCCCCAACAUCUUGUGGGAAGUGGGAAGGGCCACAACAUAGAAGGAAUCCACAACGUCAGAGCCUUCCUCCAACGUUAUGGUUACUUGAGUCCAAAUGUGGAGACCAAAGGCAACGCCUUUGAUGACAACUUGGAGUUUGCCAUUAAAUCAUACCAAAAGUUCUUCAACCUCAACGUGAGUGGCAUUUUGGAUGCGGAGACUUUGGAGCUAAUGUCGCAGCCUCGAUGUGGAGUUCCCGACGACGGGAACGGGGACAGGGAUCACCCCAUAGGACUUCAUUUUUCAAUGAUUUGA